AUGUACUUUAUUAGACACAUACUUGUGCUAUUCUAUAUAAUAUGUAUAAAAGCAAGAAUGGUAUGGGAAGACAUAGAACAGUUAAAAGGAAUUACUAUUGGCAAAUAUAAUGGUAACGAAAUGAUGCUAGCUCAAGGCAGCUCUUUAUAUUUAAUGACAUUAUAUAUUAUUGCCAAAAAAGGAUUAAUAUAUAACCUAAGCAUGUUUUCUUAUGAAAUAGAUAGAAAAUUUGAAUUGAAAAUUAAAUAUAAUGCAUCUGGUGCUAAUGACUAUGAAUAUAGUAAAACAUCUUAUAAGAGUGGUAUUUUUAUUUAUAAUAAAUUACAACCAUCCAUGCCAAACAUGCGUAUAAAUUUCUAUAAGUGCCUAAUUGGCAUGAUUCCUAUAAUAGACGAAGCACCAACAAUUUAUACAAAAGAAAAAGAUUCAUUUUUUACUUUUCUUAAUAAUAUCCAAGCGAGAAAGGACAGGUUGAAACUGCUUGCCUCUUUAUUUUUACUUUCUCAAGGAAUAAAUAUUUCCUUGGAAAUAAAAACGAAUAAAUAUAAAGAGGAUGUGCUUGUUCUUAAAACAUCUGAAAAUAGCACCAAGAACUACUUUGUCACUGAAUUGAGAUUAGGAAAUAUAAUUUACGAAAAUAAAAUGAAUGAAAGUGAAACAGCAUCAUCGGAUAAUAAUUAUUAUCACUCACACACUAGAAAUAUAGUUGAUUUCUAUAAAAAAAUUAAAGAUGCUAUAUUAUUACCAUUACCCAGUCAAUAUACAGAUGUUACUAUAGAUAUGGCCAAAACGCUUAUACAAACAUAUAUAUUUGAGUAUAUACCCAGCAAAGAAGAUAUGAAAGAGUAUCUUGUAGAAACAUUUAAUAUACUAAAAGAACAUGUUGAAGUAAUAGAAAAAGAAGAUUCUAAUAAUGCAAAAAGAUUCGCCAUUUCUAUUUUUAAUAAUAUAUUCUGUCCUAUAAAUGAAGAAUUGUUAGAUAUAGAAACAGAAAACAUUGAAAAACUGAAGAAAAUCUUUAAUUGUGUGAGUAAUUGCUUGUUUAUUCCUUUUCAUAGAGAAUUAUGUGUGCCGGCGGUCUUACAGAAUUUCUACCAAAUUCCAUCUUCAACUAGCUUGGGCUCUGGCUCUGUGAAUCAAGCCAAUCUGCCUAAGCAUCAUACCUAUGCCAGCAUAGGGGAUCCAUCUGAAUUAGAAAGGUUUACUAUUGGGACACAGACCAGCAUACUUACUCUACUUUGCUGCUGUUUCUAUAACAGCACAGACAUGGAAUACACUCUUAAAACAGUUGAAGAUCCUCCUACAGAAUUAAAAUGGUUCUUUACUAAGUACAGAGACCUAUUUGACACAGAAGAUUUAAGUGUUCAUUGCGACUGGUACUGUAUAAUUAAUGGUCUGACAAUUAAAACCCCGCCAACUGCUGAAAUUAAAGACCAGUAUUAUACUGGAGGCUUGCUAAGUAUGCUUUCUAUUAUUUUAUGCAUAACUAAUGGGUCUGAAGACGCAAAGAAAGAAUUAAAUGAGCUUAUUAAAAACGUAAGAAAAGCAGAGGUACAUACCCGAGAGCUGACGAUAAAUAUUAAUAAUGUAGUUAAUAAAAUAUUGGCCUUGCUUUCAUUCAAUAAAAAAAUGGAGGUAUUACCAAACAACUCAGAUCUUAAAAUAGCCAGAUCAAGUACCGUGCAAUCUGAUGUAUUUGGAAAAUUGUGUUUAAAAAUCUUUAAUAAUUCUAAUGUUGCAAGGAUAUUGACUAUUUAUUUGGGUUACAGUGAGAUAACUGCUAUGUAUGAUGAUAUACAGAAGAGUGAAAGUGAAGAAGAAGAAGAUAGUGGAAUUAAACACUUCAUAAAAUCAAAGAUCAAUGAUAUAUUAUCUAUACAAGAUUCAUUCUCUUUUAGUAAUGCUGAUACUAGUGAAAUAAUUAAAGAAUAUAUUCAAAUCAUAACGAAUAAUACAAUACAAAUUACGCUGGAUAAAAAUAUAAAACCAUGUUUUGUUCAAUAUUUAGAUCAUGUUCAACCCUAUGACUGUAUGAUAAAUCAAAUCGAACUGUUUUCAUGGGGAAAAAUCAAAUAUACAUCAGAUAAAAGGAUGUUAAUAGAAUCUUUCUUGUUAAUUGACUAUAGUGCUCAUAUGUUGAAGUGUGUGUUUAGUCGAGGUAUUAUUAUUAAUGUUAUAGGAAGUAUGAUAAAUUUCAACGAAAGCGUAAUAGAUAAAGUAAUUCGGGUUAUUGAUCGUGAUUGGAGUAUUAACUGCUUCAAUGAUAAUAUAACAAUGGAUGAAAAAGUUUAUUCGAAUUUAAAACCUAGCACUAGAGUUAUAAAAGUGGAACAAAAAUCAGAAGUGGAGGAUCAGUUAGAUAAUGGCGUGGUCUGUAUU